AUGAUAAGGAGAAGAAGGGAGCGUUGGUCGUUUUCUCUACUGGUCAUAGCGGCGUGUCUGACCGCUGGCUUUGGACAAGAGCUGCCCACGAAUGGGGUGAAUGGAUACAGCCUGCACCCACCGUAUUUCAACCUGGCGGAGGGGACGAAAAUCACGGCUACGGCGACGUGUGGCGAAGACGAGAGCGGCAGAGCGGUGCAUGACCUGUACUGCAAGCUGGUGGGAGGCCCUGUGUCCGGGGACCCCAGUCAAACCAUCCAGGGCCAGUACUGUGACAUCUGCAUCCCAGGGGACACUGACCGCGCCCACCCCAUCACCAACGCUGUGGACGGGACGGAGCGAUGGUGGCAGAGCCCGCCCCUUUCCAGAAACACCGAAUUCAACCAGGUCAACGUCACCCUGAACCUCGGACAGCUCUUCCAUGUGGCCUACGUUCUGAUCAAGUUUGCCAACUCUCCGCGGCCCGACCUCUGGGUCCUGGAGCGCUCCAUAGACCACGGACAGACCUACCAGCCCUGGCAGUUCUUUGCUUCCUCAAAGAGAGACUGCAUCGAGCGCUUUGGCCAGAGGACUAUCGAGAGAAUCAACAAUGACGACGACGUCAUCUGUACUACAGAGUACUCCCGCAUUGUGCCUUUGGAGAACGGAGAGAUCGUCGUGUCCUUGGUGAACGGUCGUCCUGGAGCUAUGAACUUCUCCUACUCCCCGGUGCUGCGAGAGUUCACCAAAGCCACCAACAUCAGACUGAGGUUCCUGCGCACCAACACUCUGCUGGGUCACCUGAUGGGCAAGGCUCUGCGGGACCCCACCGUCACACGCAGGUACUACUACAGCAUCAAGGACAUCAGCAUCGGAGGACGCUGUGUUUGCAACGGUCACGCCGAGGCCUGCAACGCCCAGGACCCCAACGACCCCUACAAGCUCCAGUGCGACUGUCAACACAACACCUGCGGCGUGUCAUGUGACCAGUGCUGCCCCGGCUUCAACCAGUUACCAUGGAAACCAGCCACAACCUACAGCGCUAAUGAGUGUGAACCUUGUAACUGCCACCGUCACUCAUUCGACUGCUACUACGACCCUGAGGUGGAGCAGAGGAGGGAAAGUCUGGACGCCCACGGACACUUGAGAGGAGGAGGUGUCUGUCUCAACUGCCAGCAUCAUACGACUGGGGUGAACUGUGAGCGCUGUAUUCCAACCUUCUUCAGAUCUCCUCAACACAGCAUUGAGUCCCCACUGGCCUGUUCACCUUGCGACUGCCGCUCCGAGUUCUCAGACGGCACAUGUGAAGACUUCACUGGCCGAUGUUUUUGUAAACCCAACUACUCCGGAGAGAACUGCGAUUCCUGUGCCAGCGGCUUCAUCAACUUCCCCGAGUGCUACCCCAUUCCCACAUAUCCAACCACCAACAACAACGGAGAGGCCAAACCAGCUGGGGAGAUUAUCAAUUGUGAGUGCAGUGCUGCAGGGACCGUGGAUAACUCAUGCAGACCAGACCCCAGGACCAGGACCUGUGUGUGUAAACCCGGCUUCACUGGAGACCACUGUGACACUUGCGCUCCAGGCUUCCAUGGACUCAACUGCCAAGCCUGUCAGUGCUCCGGUCCCGGUUGCCAGGAUGGGUCAUGUGACUCAAUAACAGGACAUGGGGUCUGCCGUAGCGGUUUCCAAGGUUACGAGUGUGACAGAUGUGGCCCAGGGUACUUCAACUACCCCCUCUGCCAACUCUGUGGCUGCAGCAGUAUCGGUUCGAUCCCAGAGGUUUGCGAUGCCUCCGGUCGCUGUCUUUGUAAACCAGAAUUCACUGGACCCAGGUGUGAACAGUGCCGCUCCGGAUUCCACUCUUACCCAAACUGUGAAGUUUGCAGUUGUGACCUGCGCACGGCUCUGGACUCGUCCUGUUCUUCUUCAGGACACUGUCAUUGUCGCCCAAACUACAGCGGUGCGUCCUGUGAGCAGUGCGCCCCCGGCUUCUACGGCUUCCCCAGCUGCUCCCCUUGCCAGUGCUCUGCAGAAGGCUCCCGCUACAGCAGCUGCGAUCAGGAGAGCGGCCAGUGCUCGUGUCUGCCCCGUGUGGUGGGGCAGAGGUGUGACAGCUGUGCUCACGGGGCGUAUGGAUUCCCACACUGCCAAUCGGGCACCUGCCAUCCUGCCGGCUCAGUCCAGUAUGUGGUGCCGCCUCCAGUUGGCCAGUGUGAAUGUCGCUCAAACGUGGAAGGUCCAGCCUGUGACCAGUGCAAAGCUCUGUUCUGGAACCUGUCCCCGGACACUCCUGACGGCUGCUCCAGCUGCGAAUGCAACGUGGCUGGUACUGUGAGUGGAGUUGCUGAAUGUGCACAGGAAACCGGCCAGUGUCACUGCAAACCCAACGUGUGCAGUGGAACCUGCUCCACGUGUAAAGACGGGUUCUACAACCUGCAGGAGCACAGCUACUUUGGAUGCCAAGGGUGCCAGUGUGACAUCGGAGGAGCAGCUGGACAAUCUUGCGGAGAGAGAAACGGACGUUGUCGGUGUCGACCCAACGUAGAGGGACCCAAAUGUAAUCUCCCACGCCCUGAUCAUUUCUUCCCGGACUUGCAUCACCUGAAGUUUGAGAUCGAGGAGGGCACCAUGCUGGAUGGGAGACCGGUCCGCUUCGGGUACAACCCUGUGGAGUUCAGGGACUUCAGCUGGAGAGGGUACGCCCAGAUGACCCCAAUUCAGUCCCGGGUGGUGGUGCAGGUCUCGGUCGGCUCUCCAGACCUGUUCAAAGUCAUGCUGAGGUUCUUGAACAGGGGAGGUGCUCCGGUGUGGGGCCGAGUCACCAUCCUGGAGGAGGCGUGGCAUUACUACUGCCACCACUACUUUAUGAUAGGAGAGGACAAACCCGCGGUGAAGCUGCAGGUGUUUGUGAGUGAGGCCGACGUGUAUCUCACUCGCUUCAUCUUCAGAUACGUAAACACUGAGGGCACCACCGCCAACGGUAAAAUAACGGCCUAUCAGGUCAAAGGCUCCGAACAGUCCAAACAGAUCGUCUUUGCCCCCAGCGCUGAGCCCACUUUUGUGAACGUCCCACAGAACAACUUUGUGGAGCCGUUUGUUCUGAACCCCGGAUCCUGGACCGUGGUCAUCGAGGCCGAGGGCAUCCUGCUCGAUUACCUGGUGCUCCUCCCCAGUGCUUAUUACGAGGCUCCAAUUCUACAAAUCAAAGUCACUGAUCCCUGCACCUACGGCUCCGCGCCCGAAGUCAACCAAAACUGCCUGCAGUACACGUACCUCUCUCUGGACUCGUUUCCCUACAUCUCUGGUAAUGAUGCGAGCUGCAGGAACGACAACCACCUCCCUCGGCCCUGUCCCACGGAGAGAGUCACCCCCCGACACCCGGACAUGGCCGUCUGCAGCGGCUUUGAUAUCAGCAUCGAGCUCCGCAGUCACCUGCCAGCUCCAGGAGAAUACAUCCUGGUGGUGGAGUUUUCCAGUGAAGAGGAGCUCCCACAGACCCUGUCUGUGUCCGUGAACGAGCCCAGAGCCCGCGACCAUCACAGCAGCCUCACCCUGUUGCACUGCAAAUACAGCUUCCUGUGUCGAGCCGUUGCCGUUGACGUCCAAAACCGCGUGUCCGUUUUCUUCCUUCCCGCCGACGCAGAGGUUCUCCUAAGUGCAGAUCGGACCAGCUUCUUCCUGCACAAAGUGUUCCUGGUGCCGAAGGACCGGUUCUCCAUGGAGUUUGUGGAGCCUAAAGUGAACUGUAUCAGCACACACGGACAGUUCGCUCCAGACAUCUUGUCCUGUGUCCCCUCCCGGUUCCAGACGCCCUCCAACUCCCUGGUGCUGAAGGAGGGCCAGAGCUCAUCCAUGCAGGAGCCCAUCCAGGCCUUCCCCGCGGAGGCCUUCCCCUUGCCCUCCCCUCACGGAGCUCAGGGAGACCAGACCUGGAGCAGAACUGAGAGGCCUCCACUGGGGGCUGACAACGCAGACCACAUCAGGCUCGACUCUGUGCAGAAUGCAGCUGUGUACUCCACUCGUGUCCAAGCUUUGGGCAGAUAUGUGUUCAUCCUUCAUUACCACCAGCCCCUGCACCCCUCCUACCCUCUGCAGGUCUACAUCAACGGGGGACGUGUCUGGCAAGGUCAGACCAACGCCUCGUACUGCCCUCACGCUUUUGGCUGCAGGAACGUCCUCGUAGCUGAAAACCAGAUCAUUUUGGACGUCACGGAUCACGAAGUCUUUCUCACUGUUCAGAUCCCUGCUGGAAAAACUCUGUGGCUGGAUUAUAUGCUGGUCGUGCCGGAGUCGUCCUACAGCUCCAGUUAUCUGUACGAAGAACCAAUGGACAAAUCCUAUGACUUCAUCACAACCUGUGGCCAGAAAAGCUUCUAUAUCAAUCCAACUGCAGCCUCUCCGUUCUGCUUGAGUUCUGCUGUCUCCCUCUCUGCCUUCUUCAACAACGGGGCCAUGCCGUGUGCGUGCCAUGAGGUGGGGGCGGAGAGCGACUCCUGCGAGCCGUUUGGGGGCCAGUGCCGUUGCAGACCUAAUGUGAUUGGACGAGACUGCUCCAUGUGCGCCACAGGCUUCUGGGGGUUCCCCAACUGCAGACCCUGUAACUGUGGCACCAGACUGUGUGAGCCGGUGACUGGAGACUGCAUCUGCCCUCCCCGCACUCUGCUGCCCGAGUGCGUCCAGUGUGAGCCGCAGGCAUUUGGCUGCCAUCCGGUGGUCGGAUGUGAGAUUUGCAACUGCUCCAGAGCUGGCAUCCUGUCCCCCGAGGCCAGCUGUGACCAUCUCAGUGGCCAGUGCAGGUGUAAGGACAACGUUGUGGGUCGGCAGUGUGACCGCUGCUCUCCUGGGUUCUAUGGUUUUCCAAACUGCAGACCGUGUGAUUGUAACGACGCAGGGACAGAAGAGGACGUGUGCGACUCCUUUACCGGACAGUGUCUCUGCAAGGAGAAUGUCCAAGGGCCUCGCUGUGACCAGUGCAGAGUGGGCACCUUCCACCUGGACCCCACCAACCCCAAAGGCUGUACCAGCUGCUUCUGCUUCGGUGCCACUGACCGCUGCCGCAGUUCUGACAAGAGGCGCGUGGAGAUCAUGAACAUGCAGGGCUGGGUGCUGCUGGGAGCCGACAGACAGGAAGUGCCUCUGAGUGUGUAUCCGGGACAGGACCUGGUGGAGGCUGAUAUCACAGAUGUCCCGGAUAUUUACCAGGACCUCCACUGGCACGCGCCAAAGACGUAUUUAGGAGACAAGGUGUCUUCUUACGGCGGCUCUCUUAGAUACAGGCUUCACACUCAGACCAUGAGAGGAGACGCUCUGCUCCCGGCUGAGUCCUCCAGGCCCGACGUCAUCCUUAAGGGGAACAAAAUGACUCUAGUAUUCAUGGAGAGAGAAUACCCCUCUGCCGAAGACCCACACAGUGGAAUUGUGCACAUUGUGGAGGGCAGCUUCCUUCACGCUCAGACUGGCAAUGCUGUGUCUCGAGAGGAGCUGAUGAUGGUGCUGGUCUCGCUGGAGUCUCUUCAGAUCCGGGCGCUUCACUCGCAGUCGGCCCACUCCGUGUCCAUCCGAGGAGCCGUGCUGGAGGGGGCCGAGACCCAACCCUCGGGACGACAUGCUAACAACGUGGAGAUCUGCAUGUGCCCCGCCAACUAUCAAGGAGACUCCUGCCAGAAUUGUGCUCCCGGUUUCUACAGAGACACCAUCGGUCUGUUUUUGGGUAAAUGUGUGCCUUGUAACUGCAACGGACACUCAGACCAGUGUUUGGACGGAUCUGGCAUCUGUGUGAACUGCCGUCACAACACCGCGGGCGACCACUGUGAGAAGUGUCUGGGUGGUUUCAUGGGUAACAACUCGCUGGACGGUCAGGCGGUGUCCUGCUCCAGCUGCCCCUGUCCUCUCAGCGUCUCCUCCAACAAUUUUGCAGAAGGCUGCGUGCAGAAGAGCGAACGGAUGCAGUGUCUGUGUAUGCCCGGAUACGCAGGCCCCCACUGUGAACGGUGUGCCCCAGGGUACUACGGGAACCCCAUGGUGAUCGGGAGCAGGUGCGAGCCGUGCCAGUGUAACGGCAACACGGACAGUAACAUGCUUUUCACCGACUGCCACCCUCUGACCGGAGAGUGUCUGGGCUGCAUGCACAACAGCGCCGGACCCCACUGUGAGCUGUGUGCCCCUGGGUACUAUGGAGACGCCAUCCACGCCCAGAACUGCACCAAAUGCAGCUGCUCUCCCUGUGGUACUGACUCAUGUGACCCACACACGGGACAGUGUCGAUGCAAACCCGGAGUCACCGGCCGUCUCUGCGAUUGCUGUGAGGAUGGCAUGUUUGGCUUCGACUCCUGCUCUGGCUGCCGUGUCUGUGACUGUGAAGCCUCGGCUGCUCUGCUCCAGCCCUGUGACCCUCAGACCGGGGCCUGCUCCUGUCAGCCCGGAGUCAAUGGCCCUAACUGCAAACAGUGUGCACCCGGACACUGGGACUACACGCCUGAGGGAUGCAAGAAGUGUAACUGCAGAGGGGGCCGCUGUGACCCCAGAACAGGGGAGUGCCGCUGUCCUGACGGGAUGACGGGAAAACAGUGUGACGUCUGCACAAACAAGUACAGCGUGCCCAUGGAACACCACCACACCAUGCACUGUGAACCCUGUGACAGCUGUGUGAUCGUUCUGCUGGAGGAUUUGGAUAAGAUGAACGGGAACUUUUCAUCCGUGUCUGCUCAGCUCCAGAACCUGAACGCCAGCUCCAUCGCUUGGGCCCAACUGGACAACCUCAACAAGACCAUGGAGGACAUCUCUCGCUCCAUUGACAACUACAACAGCAGUCUGGACACGAGUAGAGACCGAGCCGACCUGCUGGAGGCUGAGGUCGCUAAUAUCAACUCUGACAUUGAUGAGUUACAAGACAAGGCAUCGGCAAUGAGUGAGCGCGCCGGAAACCUUGGGGACAGAACAAACUCGACUCACCAGAAAGCAGAGGACUUACUGUCUUUCAUCAACAACAUAACAAUGAAUAUUAAUGACAUUCUCUCCAUGUCAAACCGCUCGCUGAAUACCACAGAGGAAGACCAGGAUGACGAUGAGAGAGCGAGGAUGAUGAACCAGGUGGCGGCCAUGCUCCGGGAGAUGAGGUUCAGGAGCUGCAGCGGACAGAAGAAAAUUGCCGAACACGAGAAGACACAGGCACAGAAGUUGUUGGACCGUGUGUAUGAGCAGCUGGCAGACAAACACCUGCAGAAUGAAAACACCACUCAAUUGAUCAAAGACAGACUCAACAAGUUCAACUCUCUAAUGAUGGACCUCAGGGACGCCCUCAACGACGCCGUCAACAACACGGCCCGAGCCGAGGACAUCAACACCAACAACGAGAAGGGCAUAGAGGAUCAGCAGCGGAGAGUGAAUGAGCUGGUGUCGCAGGAGAAGGAGGUGAAAGAGCAGCUGCAAAUGGCUGAAGACAACAUUGCUAACGUCAACAACCUCCUCUCCAUGCUCCAAGACUCCAAAGAGGAGUACGAGCAUCUGGCCGCCCAGUUGGAUGGAGCGAGGAUUCCGCUGGCAAACAAAGUGGACAGUUUUGCUUGGACAGAUUCCAAAAUCCCUCUGGUGGAACAGGCCGAGAGACACGCUGCGAUGCUGGACGAGCUCGCCAUGAAUAUCUCCAAUUUGGUUGAAGGCACAAAGAAGGAUGGUUUUGUGGAUGUGACUAAAUCUUAUAAUAAGAUCAUCAACAGCAUCAAAGAGGCGGAGGACGCAGCCAACAUGGCCAACAAAGCUGCUACUGAGGCACUGGAGUUGGGGACUGUGGCGACAGCAGAUGGCUCCUCCUCCCCCUCGAGAGGAGACGGCGCCCCGGUCAAACCGAAUGUGAAGAACCAGGACUUGGGUCAGAUCGCGGCCUCUCUGAAGAACCACAGCAUGGAGCUGAAGGACGAGGUGGAGAAACUCGACGAUGAACUCAACAACGAGCUAAACCCGCAGCUGGAGGACGCCAAGCAGAGACUGGAAGACGUCAAAGACAAACAGAAAAAUGUGACGAUGGAACUGGAGAAUAUUAUAAACAACAUGAACUUCACCACAAAUGUGAGUAAGGUGAUCCAGGAGGCUAAAGACACCGCAGAACAAGCUAACAACACGGCUACAUCCGUCAACGAUGCACUUCGCCCGAUCAAAGAGCAACUGGACAAGUGGCAGAAGACGUAUGGAGACGCCAACGCCACCAACACAGACAUCAACAACGCCCUGUCAGAGGCCAACAAGACCGUAAACAUGUUGGGAGACACGGUUCCUCUGCUCCUCAAGAAACUGGACAAGCUGCAGAACCACUCUGCUCACAUGCCAAACAUCUCCGAGAGCAUCAACCGCAUCAGAGAGCUCAUUCAGCAGGCCCGCAACGCCGCCAGCAAGGUGGGCGUCCCGGUGAAGUUCAACGGCACUUCUGGAGUCCAGGUGCGAAACCCAUCCAACCUGGCCGACCUGGCGGCCUACACCAACCUCCAGUUCUACAUCACUCUGCCAGAGACAACGGCACGCAAGAGACGCCAGGACGAGCUGAGCAAGCAGUUUGUCUUCUACCUCGGCAACAAGGACUCGUCAAAGGAGUUCCUGGGCAUGGCUCUGGAGGGACGGAGGCUGCGCUGGUUCUUUAACACCGGAGGAGAGACCGCAGAGGUCCUGAUGGCUGAAGACGUGAAAGCCGAUGGAAACUUCAACAGAGUGGUGCUGGAGAGGAUCCUGCAGUACGGUCUGAUGUCCAUGUCCUCUGAGGCCGACGGGGACCAGAUAGCGACCAAAGCCUACGUGGAGGCUGGAGGAGACCAGGGCCUGCUCAGCCUGCUCACUGACGACACAGUGUUCUACGUGGGAGGCUACCCCAGCUCCUUCAAGCCUCCUCCAGAACUGGCUCUGCCAAACUUCAAAGGCUGCAUUGAGCUGGACACUCUGAACGAGGAGGUGCUGAGUCUGUACAACUUUGAGAAAAUCAUCAAGCUGAACACGACUGAGGACAAACCGUGCGGCCGGCUGAAGCCGCUGCUGACUCAAGCCUGGGUGAACGACGCAGCGUACUUUGAUGGCUCCGGCUUCGCUAAAGUUGCCUUCUCCGACGAGGGCGGGUCCCGGGUUCAACGCUUUGAGCAGGAAAUCAAGCUGGUCUCUCACCACGGCAUCAUCCUCAUGCUGCAAGACCAGGACAAGUUCCUGUGUCUGGCUGUCCAACGCGGCCGCCUCGUGGUCUUGUACGACUUUGAUGGUAAAAUGAUGGAAUUGACGCCGAAAGAACCCAACUCCCCGUUCAUGAAGAUCAGCGACGGAGAUGCCAAUGCUCUGGAGGUCAUCAUCGUCCGCUCAUCCACUCCGAACCGUUUGGUGGUGAGGAACAGCAGGAUCACUCUCUACUCCGAGCUCCUGGACGUGCCACUCUUCAGCUCCUCCUACUUUCUGGGAGGCGUCCCUGAGGACAAGAUGCCAGCGGCGCUGAAGUCAGCUUUCCCGAAGCAGGGCUCGGUGAAAGGAUGCUUCCGGAACGUCAAAGCUCUGAAUUCUCAUAUCGACCUGAAGAGAAUGGUCAGCACCGGAGUGAGCUUCGGCUGCGACAACGAUCUGCUGGUGGGGCGUGAGGCUCACUUCUCUGGACAGAGUUACCUGGACCUGGACUUGACCAACGUCCCGAGUCUCAGAAACAACUUCUACAGCAGCCUAAGCUUCAGGACGGACCAGAAAGAGGGUCUGAUGUUCUACCACCAAGACUCUGAGGGUGUGUGUCAAAUCUUCUUGAACGAGGGCCAUGUUGUGGUGCGAGCGGGAAACAGCCAAGUGAAGACUCAGAAGACGUACAACGACGACAACACACACUACAUUGCGAUGUACAACAACAUCAACGGGAUGCGUGUGUACAUGGACGACGUGUUGGAGAAAUCUAAGGACGGCAUCUCCAUCAGCAGAGCCCCAGCAGGAGGCGCUGCAGCCCUGGGCGUCACAUACCUGGGAGGGACCCCUGACAUGGGCCUGGCCAACCUCACCGGCUGCAUCAGCAACGUGUUUGUGAGGAGAGACGCCAGUCAUCAGAUGGUGCUGGAUCUGCUCAAGGCCAAAGAAAACAUCAAUGUUCCCAUGAAGUGUCCUGCAGCCAAGAAACCUCAGGAGAUCAGAGCGACGCCUCCCAAGCCCAGCAAGCCCAAGGGUAAGAACAGGAAGCCGUCUGGGUCUCGCAGCAGGAACACCAGGGACUCGUGUCAGUCGGAGCAGGCGCAGGUGGAGCCCGGAGCCUCGCACUUCAGCGGAUCAACUCACAGCUUUCACAAAUACGACUCACUGACCCUCAACUCACUGCCUCACAUCUCGUUGGGCCUGAGAAUAAACUCAUCUGACGGCCUGCUCCUCCACGCAGCCGGGGGGCGCCGCAGUAAAACGUUGUUGUCUCUGAGUGUUUCUGACGGACACCUGCAGCUGCUGCUGGACGGAGGGAAGAAGAAAAUCAGUCUGCGCAGCCGCAACAAGUACAACGACAACCAGUGGCACACGGUGUUCAUCAAGCGUGAAGGAGACAAGCUGAGUCUGGUGGUGGACGGCAUCAGUGCUCAGUCCAAGAGGAUCCCAGGAGGAGACAAGACCAAACUGUCCGGACCUCUGUACGUGGGAGGACUGCCCCCCACCCUCAGUGCUCCCGGCUCCAGUGGGUUUGUGGGCUGUGUGAGAGAGCUGAAGCUGAACGAUUCCCCGGCAGGACGUCCCACUCUGACCCAGGGGACCGUGCCCUGUUUCCAGCAGCCGCUUCAGUCCGGAGCAUACUUCUCUGGAGAGGGAGGUCACAUGACCCUAGCGGAGUCUCUGCAGCUCGGAGCAGACUUCCACAUCGAGCUGGAGGUGCGGUCUGUCUCCUACUCCGGACUCCUGUUGCAUUCUGGGACAUCGAGCAGCUACUACCUGAGCGUGGUGCUGAACCAAGGAGAGGUGCUGCUGUCGAUGAACAGCGGUGGAGGAGACAUGUUCAGCUCCUUGUCUCCUGAAGAGCCGCUAUGUAACGGUCGCUGGCACAUCAUCACAGUGGUGAAGAAGAGCAACGUCCUGACCCUCCAGGUGGACGCCCUGUCCGAGCAGAGCGUCGGCCCCAAACACAGUUCCUCCUCUGGGGCCAAGGCGGCUGUGUACUUGGGGGGAGUCCCAGGUGGCGUGGCGGUUCCAAAGCUGCCUGAAAAGCUGCCUUCAUUCCAUGGCUGUGUCCGCGUGGCCUCGCUCAACCACCGGGCGGCGCUGUUGUCCAAACCCCUGUCUCUACACGGAGCAGUGGGUUCUCAGGGCUGCCCCCGCGUCUAA